AUGUCAAGCGUGGACUUUGGCCGCUACAAGCGGAUUGUGCAGGCUUUCUGGGACCCCGAGCCAAAGAACGAUAAUGCUUCAGUAUCUUGCAUAUGGUGCUUGGGCAGAGAAUACGUAACUCGGUAUACGCCGAACGGAUCACGGGGUCCAGAAUCUGAAGCUAAAAGGAAAGAGCCAGCUCUCGAUGGCCAGGACUGUCAUCAAGAUGCAAAGAGGGUCAAGCUCGCAGCGACAGACCGGACCUCAGCGGGAGAGCCCGAGGCACAGUCGCAUGAUAGCGAAGCAGACAGAGGGUGGCCUUCGGAGUUCCUGGAUGACUGCGAGUCGCGGCUUUGGUUUACCUACCGCUCCAGUUUUACUGCAAUUAAGAAAUCAUCCGACGCCUCAAUGACUCUCUCGGUACGCUUGCGCAGCCUGGGGGAUCAAGGAGGCUUCACGUCUGACACAGGCUGGGGGUGCAUGAUACGGUCUGGACAAAGUCUUCUUGCGAACGCUUUGGUUAUGGUGCGCCUGGGAAGAGACUGGCGACGAGGAAGGAGGCAAGACGAAGAGCGACAACUUCUCUCUUUAUUUUCUGAUGAUCCUAACGCUCCUUUUUCGAUACAUCGGUUUGUUGAACACGGUGCUUCGGCUUGUGGGAAGCAUCCCGGGGAGUGGUUCGGACCAUCUGCCACCGCAAGAUGUAUACAAGCGUUGUCACAUGAGUAUCAAGGUACAGGACUGAAAGUUUACGUGAACGGUGAUGGUGCGGACGUCUAUGAGGACAGCUUCUUCAAGCUUGCCAAAGCGAGUGACGGCACCUUCAAUCCAACGCUCAUCUUGGUAGGAAUCAGGCUGGGCAUAGAUCGAGUGACACCAGCUUACUGGGAAGCACUGAAAGCGUCGCUACAGCUGCCUCAGUCUGUGGGGAUAGCAGGUGGUCGUCCUUCGUCCUCGCACUACUUCUUUGGCAUUCAGGGAGAUCAAUUUUUCUACCUAGAUCCUCAUGUCACGCGUCCCGCCUUGCCUUUCCACAAAAAUGCCACAGACUUCACCGAAGAAGAGAUAGACUCCUGCCACACUCGAAGACUUCGCAGACUUCCUCUCAAGGAUAUGGAUCCAAGUAUGCUUAUUGCGUUCCUUAUCAAAGAUGAAGAGGACUGGAAGAGUUGGCGGAGGGCUAUUGGCACCGCGUCAGGGAAACCAGUUGUCCAUGUAGCUGACGAAGAACCGUCGUUGCAUGGGCAUGGUGCAGUGAGGAAGAGUGCAGUAGAUGAUGUGGAGACUCUGGACGAUGAGGAUGAAGGGGAUGAUGGCGAGAUGGUUGAGCGUCCCCAGGAUUAA